AUGCCCGCAGCAGCCACGCCAACCAGCAACGUAGCACCAGCAAAGAGGGGACGUUCCCAACAGCACCGCGGAGGGCAUCUCGCUACGGUGCCAACAAUGUCUAACCGCCGUCGCCCACAGAAGGGCCUAGGCUGGAUGGGCGUACGAGAGCGGAGUUGGGGCAGCUGGGCUACGGAGAUCCGCAUCCCACACACACGACUCAGGCUCUGGAUCGGCAGGUUUAGGCAUGCCCUUGAGGCGGCUCUGGCAUAUGAUGCCGCCAUGUUCUGCUUCUAUGGUGAGUGCCUCCCCAGACAACGUAAGUUCAACUUCCCGGACGUCCAGCGCCCUGCCAUCCCUGACCACCUUCGCAUCCACCUCAACAUAGCCACCAUCAGGGUGAUCGCUGCAGACUACGGCCGAAGGUGUGCUCCAUUCCUCGCACCCCUCGUGUGCCCCGAGGUACCAGGAGUGCUGCCGGCACCACCUCUGGUGGCGACAGUGCCAGGUACUGAUGGUGCUGCUGCCACCGCCGGCAUUGAGGCAGCCACCCUAACUAACGACCAUCGUGGGAUCAACAAGAAGCAUUUUUCCUAG